AGAAGAAGAAGAAGAUGCGACUGAAGGAGGGAGACGGGUAAAAUCGCGUUGUAGUGUGGCAGGGCUUCUCUGCAUAUCUUCUUCCAUGGCUUAAAGAGCGACUUUCUGUCGGCCUGUCGCAUAAGGAUUAUGCAGUAGGUGUUAAACAACUUUACUAAGCUGUUAAACGUCAGUGGUUUGUGUGCACGUGCGAUCGGAGAGUGAUGAUGAGCAGUCAAUAAUCGAGGCCGCUGCACCUGUAGGUCUUUCUCACUCUAUAUGUAUUCUGCUGAGUUUGUAUUACAACUCAAACCAUCAGAGAUGAAGCGGGUCCGGACAGAACAGAUCCAGAAUGCCGUGACCCAGUACCUGAAAAGGAGACAGUACAUAGACACAGAUGGGUGUCUGAAGGGGGCCAAACUCUCCCAGUCUGCUGAAGAGAUGGCUGCUAGUCUGACUGUUCAGACAGAGACCAGUUGUGCAAAUGUGGUGUCCGCAGCCCCCUGUCAAUCAGACCCCCAGCAAUACGAGUCCCAGUUCUCCAGACUGCGCUCCUUUCUGCAAGAUGCAGAGGCGCCGUGGACGAAAGAGGUGAGUGGCGUAUUGUUUCCGCUCUUCCUCUACCUGCACUUGGACAUGGCACGCUGUGGUCUGAAGGGGUCGGUAGACUCGUUCUACGGACGUUUCCAUUCGUUCUUCCAGCAAGACCCUGAGCAGAAAGCUAUCGUGGAUCUUCUGCGAGGAGUCGUUUCGCUGCAGGAUGUGACCUCCAACCCCAAGCUGUGUUCUCUCCGGGAUCACAAGUAUGUGGUUCACAUGACAGAUCAAGCCUACAACUACCUGCUGCGAUACCUUCAAAGCGACGACAACGGUGCCAUCUGCUGGGUGCUCGGCGCACACAUACAGGUGGAGGUAACGGCAGUACGACGAACGGACUACCAGCUGUACGGGACGGGGCUCGGAGAGGGAAACGCAACCUCCUCCUCCGUCACCUGGACUGCAGUGGAUGGGAUGGAGGGGGCGGAGCCUGUAGAGGUCACAGCUGGGUUACCUCAGAACGAGGCCGCGUUGGAUGCGUUGCAGGAUUGCAUAAAGCGUGUGCGAGAGGGUCCGCCCUCGCUCACCACCGUCUGCUUCUACGCGUUCCAGCACACUGACCAGCUGCUCAACACUGCAGAGGUGUCGGCGGACAGCCGCCUGCUCGCCGCAGGGUUCGAUAACUCUGCAGUGAAGCUCUGGAGCUUACGGGCGCGGAAGCUGAAGGUGGGGCCUCACAAGGCCGACGUGUCUAAGAUCAGACUCGCCUGCGACCUGCUGGAGGAAGAGGCAGAUGAUGAGGACGCCUCAGGCAGCGAAAUUAAGACCCUGCGUGCUCACAGCGGCCCCGUGUACCGCACGGCAUUCCUGACGGACGGCUCCGGCCUCCUGUCCUGUUCGGAGGACUCCACCGUGCGCUUCUGGGAUCUCAACAGCUUCACCAACACGGUCCUCUACCGUGGCCACGCCUACCCCGUCUGGGACGUGGACGUCAGUCCAUGCAGCCUGUACUUCGCCACGGCGUCUCACGACCGCACCGCUCGCCUCUGGAGCUUCGCACGCACGUACCCGCUCCGCCUCUACGCCGGGCACCUCUCCGAUGUCGACUGUGUGAAAUUCCACCCCAACUCCAGCUACAUUGCGACGGGAUCCACCGACAAAACCGUACGCCUGUGGAGCAUGCAGCAGGGGGCGUCCGUCAGGUUGUUCACGGGGCACCGGGGACCCGUGCUGUCGCUCGCCUUCUCGCCCAAUGGAAAGUAUUUAGCGUCUGCCGGGGAGGAUCAGAGACUGAAGCUAUGGGACCUCGCGUCCGGGACCCUGUUCAAAGACCUCCGGGGUCACACGGACAGCAUCACCAGCCUUUCCUUUAGCCCCGACAGUAGUCUGGUUGCUUCGGGGUCCAUGGAUAACUCGGUGCGGGUUUGGGACAUACGAAACACACAUGGCACCGCCCCGUCUGAUGGCUCCAGCAGCGAGCUGAUUGGACAGUACACAGGGAACACUAGUAAUAUACUCAACGUGCAGUUCAUGGCCUGUAAUCUGCUGCUUGUGACGGGCACAGCGCUGGAGAAACAAGAGCAGUAGAGAAUGUGUGGGAAUCUGCUGAGAACAUGUCCAGGUUUCACCUGGGAUUAUAUAGCUUUGAGAAAAGUCAUGUUUAUUUUUUGAGGCCUGUUUUUAAGACUGUUAAAAUGUGUUGUAUUGAGAUUAUUUUCUUUAGAGUUCAGCGCAAUUUUUCUCCUAAAUUGUCAGUGUGAUAAAGCAUAAUGCAUUGUUUAUUUUGAGUAUUUUUUAGAGCUGUCAAAUGAUUAAUUGCAUCCAGAAUAAAUGUUUGUGUUUACAUAAUAUACGGCUGUGCACUGUGCAUGUUCAUUUUGUAUUUAUGAACACACAAAUAAGAAAAAUAUAAAACCUAAACAUUUAUGUAUAAUUUAAAUUAUUGGUAAAUAUGAACAAAUACAUGUAAAUAUUUCCUAAAUAUGUAUGCAGGUAUUUGUAUGCGUGUAUAAAUACAAAAUUAAUUGCCAUAUUAUGUAAACACAAACUUUAUUCUGGAUGUGAUUAAUCGCGAUUAACCGUUUGACAGCCCUAUAGUAUUUUAUCGUUUUUAUUUUCCUUAAUCUAGGAUAUCAUUCUUACUGUAAUUCAGACACUUUUACAUUUUGCGUAAAUGGUCAAGAUAUAAUAAAUAAUGUUAACUUUAAUUACGUAUAAUUUAGACCUUAUUGUGUUAAUCAUCAUGAAAAUAACAAUGCAGCACAUUUUAAUGGUCUUAUACGAAUAGACUUCAUAUCUUUUGAUUUUUGAUGAAAUGUAACCUGCUUGUGUUCCCGACAGGUUUAGUGAGCCUCCCGUGUGCGUGCGUGCGUGCGUGCGUGCGUGUGUGUGUUUGUGUGUGUGUGUGUGUGUGUGUCUUUUCAAUUUAUAAUGUUUAUAAUGCUUUUGUUUCUUUCGACUGCUGAUGAUGUCAGAGAUCUGCAGCCUGCUGUUUUCAUAGAAAUGUAAAUAUUAGCCAUAUAUUUUUGUUAGUUAAUUUUCAUUAUAACAGUUCCGUUAUUUCAUCAUUGAUGCUUUAUUGUUCUUUUGAAGUACAAUCUAGACUUUAAUCUGAGAAAAACAUUCAAUCCUAGGCCAGGAAGCCAGGCUUAACAGAUCUGCAGGUUUGUCUCAGUAUCAAUUUUCUAACAAUUCGUUUAGUAAAAACAAAAGUUAUUUUGUCACAGGAAAGCACCAAAGACAGCGAGAAGUGCUGGGUAAAACAUGUCACACAGACUCCACUGCCAUCUGUUAAAGAGUUUGUUUUUGCGCUUUUGUUUUUCUCUUAAGAAUGUAGACAAGUGACACUUUUCGUAACUUCAAAAUAAAACUUUUGUAUUUUCUUUCCUAUACAAAAACUGUGCAUCAUGCUGAUAUUUGUAAAUAUAUUUUUGUAACAUU